AUGAGCAGUAUAUGGGGGAUAACCAGCUUGCUCACAAAGAGACUACCCUUGGCAACUCGCCAGUAUCCAAAAUUUGUCCGUCAUGGGGCUUCAUUAACCUCUCCAGGUGCAGUUUUACCUCCAUCAGAAACUCCAUCAAUUCAACAUUCUAAAGAACAAGCUAGACUAAGAAGAAGAUUACCAAGCCGCGCAGGUCUUAUUGCCAUUAAACGUGGUAUGGUUCCAUAUUUUGAUCAAGAAACCGGUGAAAGAUUUGGUGCUACUUUAUUGGAAAUUGACAGUGUUGAAGUCUUGUUGACAAAGACUCCAGAAACUGAUGGUCAUUAUGCUGUUCAAUUAGGUUAUGGUAGAAAAUCCCCAUAUAAAACAACAAGACAAUUAUUAGGACAUUUCGCUCGUGCUCAAGUGAAUCCAAAAUCAUGUAUUAGAGAAUUUCAAGUCAAAGAUGAAUCUGGAUUAUUACCAAUUGGUACUGAAUUGAAAGCUGACCAUUUCGAUGUUGGUCAAUUAAUAGAUAUCAAAGGUAUUUCAAAAGGUAAAGGUUUCGCAGGUGUUAUGAAACGUUGGGAUUUCGGUGGGUUAAGAGCUUCCCAUGGUACUUCUGUUAUGCAUAGACAUGGUGGUUCUUAUGGUGCUAAUCAAGAUCCAGGUCGUAUUUUACCAGGGAAAAAGAUGCCUGGUCAUAUGGGUAAUAAAAAUAAUACAAAACAAAAUGUUAAAGUUGUUCAAGUUGAUGCUGAAAAUGGAUUCUUAUUGGUUAAAGGUGGUGUUCCUGGCCCAAAGAAUGGAUUUGUUAAACUUCAAGAUGCUAUUAAACAAAUCAAAAAUUAG